CGUAAGUUAAUCAGACUUGUUCACCGCCAGAAAAAUGCCAGACAACGCAACAGAUACGGAAUUCAACGCCGACGAGCUGGAGGCGCCCUCUUGGCUGAACGCCCAGUUCAUACAGAAGGUUCUCAGCGAAUCGGAGAAAUCACCGGAAUUGGUGGUCACCGAUCUAAAAAUUACUCCGGCCAGUGCCCAGGGCGAUCAUUAUGCCAGUGUUAUGUUCCGGACCACGGCGGAGUACACCACCUCAAAGGGAACCUUCACCAAGCCGCUGAUUCUUAAGACAAUGCCCGAGGCGGAGGGCCACAAAAAGGAUAUGCUCUCCGAGUCGCAUUUGUUUUCAACGGAGAUUGGAAUGUACACCAAGGUCCUGCCUGAAUUCGAGAGGAUAUUGCGAAAGGCGGGUGAUAAUACCAAGCUGUAUGUGCCCUGCAUUUAUCACAGUUUGGAGCCGCGUCAGGUGAUGAUCUUCGAGGAUCUGGUGCCGCAGGGCUACUCUGUGAUUCGAGGUCGUCCAGUCACGGAGGAGGAACUGAGUUUCGUCUUCACCAAGCUGGCUAAAUGGCAUGCAGUCAGCAUGAAGGUCAUGAAUGAGCAACCUGAGUUCCUAAAGGAGUUCAAGUAUGGUCUAAUUGAGAUGCCCACUCUUAUGAAGGACCCCAUGGUGACCACUGGAAUGGCUAACUUUGUUAAUUUCCUGGACAAGACACCGGAACUCAGCAAGUACAAGCCGUACUUCGAGAAGAUUAAAGAUAGCUGCCUUGACAAAAUGGCGAAUGUUAUGACGGAGUACCGAACAAACUUCCAACCCGAUGGAUACUACGUGCUUUGUCAUGGGGACUUCCACCUAAGGAACAUGAUGUUCCGGCAUAAUAAGGACACUGCGGCGUACGAGGAUGUAAUGCUGGUAGACUUCCAGAUCUGCAAUCUAUCUCCCAUCACCGUGGACCUCACCUACUCCAUCUAUAUGCUGAUGGAGCCGCAGCAGCGUUGGGAUCUGGGCAAAGAUCUUAUCAAUCAUUACUUCUCUGUUUUGGAGGAAACCCUAAAGAAGGUGGGCUACAAGCCCAAGAUGCCCACGCAGGCAGGUCUUUGGGAACAGAUUCGCCGCCACAAGUACUACGACUUCUUCCUCAUGGCCACCUUUUUGCCCAUGAUGCUAGCCAUCAAGCAAAAUGCUUUGAAAAUGCAUGACAUUAUUCAGGUUCCGGAAACCAGAGAGAAAUCCUACUUUUUCGAUUUUUACGUGGAAGACAUCAAGCAUCUUCUGCGAAAAUUUGAGGAAUUGGGCUACUUCAAAGAUCUGUAGAUAUGUGUAAGUCCAUAAAUGAAAGACAGUUGAUUAUGUCAAAGGCGGAAAAAGCAGGUUUCUGGCUGAGCCGAUGUUAGCUAAUUGUUUUUUGUACGUGCCCAAAAAAGCUCUUCAUAGUUAUGUUAUCUCUACUAUAAGUAUUUAGGAAUUUGUAGUAUAUAGAUUUAUAUUUUAUAAAAAGUAGUUAAAUUUAUAGGAUACGCUGUAUGUGUUAAUUUUAUAAAUAAAUCAACUCGGCUUUUUGUAAAACGUU